AUGGUACUCCUGAAUUCACAAUGCCCAGGGUGGUUCCUAGCCUCCUUCCGUAGUCUCUGGCUACCAUUGCUGGCCACCCUGUGGCUGCUUAGCCUUUCUCUCCCCACUCUGUGGGGCCAGGUAUUAAUCAGCUGUGCCUACAAGAGUCUCUGCCAGCGGGCCCGACUCUUGGGCAACGAUGUUGUCCUUCACUGUGACCGUCCCAAGGCACUCUGGUACUUCUCUUCCAUUCUGGGGGAGGAUCCCUUGCUGCUGUCCUCAAUGCCUAACGUAAAGAAACUGCCUCAGGGCAGCAUCCAAUUGACCAACCCUCAGCCCUCCCAGACAGGCCUCUAUCACUGCCAGGACAAUGACAGUGCUCUCGUGGUGGAGUAUGAGAUUGACUUCCAAGAUGUCAGCACACUGCAUAUUACGCACAAAGGCCUCCGCCAAAAGCCCCUGAAGAAUGAGACCUGGAGGCUGGGUGGCAAUGUACUCAUCUUCACCCGCUGGGAGCCCUGGCAGGACUGUAACCACUGUGGGGAGCCAGGUGAGCGCAAACGCCUGGGGUACUGCUGCAUCCAGGAGCCCCUGGAAAAACCCAUGCCCUGCUGGCUCUGUCUGAGAGAGGAGAAGGUGCCAUACAGCCGCGUGCGGCCUGAGCUGCAGGUGGAAGCCUGUCUUGUACCCUGCGACUACGUCAAGGAAAUCACCUAGCCAUACUUCACCUUUGACAUUUACCAGUUGGGCAAGCUGACCAACAACAUGUGGCUCACCUGCCCCUUGGCCUCCAUCUACAGGUAACUGGACCAGGGCAUCAGCCCUGCCUUUAACCCUCCCCCAGGCCUUGCUUCCUGUGCCUACCUGGGCCAGGGAUUUAUCUUCCAAUGGAAAAGCGGGCUCUGCCUCCUGGCCCAUAAGCCUUCAUGGUCAGUCUGUGCAGGUAGGGGUCGCUUCCCUGGCUUGUUCAGAUAUUCAUUCAGCAAGAGUUCCCUGGUGCUCAUUGUGAGCCAGGCCCCAGGCAGGCGAUGUUGGGGACACACUGUGACCCAGAGAGACCCAGUCCCUGCCCUCAGAGGCUCCUGAUUUUCGGGGGGAGACCAAAUGCAAAACCUAGAGGCCAAAGCGCUUCAGCCUGUGCUCAUGCCAACACAGACACUAGUGCGGCUUCUGUGUCCUCACUGGGCUCUGAUUGAUACAAUUUCUCCAACCAUCCUUGCGCCAACGCACAGUAUCUUUAUUAUUAUACCUUUAUAGUAAGUUAUCAUUCCCCGUAACAUAGAUUUUCCAACUUUGUUUUUUAAGAUUGUCUUGGUUGUCCUUGGCCCUUUUGUAUAAAAAUUUUGGAAUCAGCUUCUAGUUUCCAUCCAAAAAAAUCCUAUUUUUUUAAAAAGAAACAGGGACUUCAUUAAAUCUAAAGAUAAAUCUGAGUAGAAUCAAUGUGUUAGAAUAUUUAAUUGUCUUCCAAUCCAUGAAUGUCAUAAACACUUCCAUUAUGUAGGCUUUCUUUCAUUUCUCCCUGUAAUGUGGAGUUAUUAAUGUAGAGGUUUUAUGUAUAUUUUAUUCCUAGGUAUUUGAUUUUUUUCAUGCUAUCACAAAUUGUGUCUUUCAGAUUUCCUCUUCUAAUUGUUAGUGGUAUAUAAAAAUAUAUUUAGUAUUUGUAUAUAACCUUGAAUCUAAUUAUUUUGUUAGAUUCGCUAGCCCCCAGUAAAAUGCUGAAUGGAGAAGUCAAUGGCAGACAUGAUUAUGUUAUUCUUAAUAGUUCACUAUUCAGUAUAAUUCUGCUCUAGGUUUUUCUUUUCUUUUU